UCGGCUUGCUUACCAGAUAAAUUAUUUGUGCAUAGACACAGAGACUGGACUUGAAAAAAGGAUACAUUUAUAUUUGGCAUGAACCUAAAUCUUGUCAGUUUAUACACACCAGAGCCAUCUCUUUCUUUGGCCGUGGUACGCACAAAUUGCGGUUGUUAUGGAAACACUCACACCAAAACAAACGCACAUUCUGGCAGGUUUGACUUUGCAGAUUUCUCAUAGCCAAGUGAGCUAAUCAAAAAUGGAAUUCUGUGGUAGCAGUUAUGAUGGGGAUUACAACAAUGGCAGAAUGGAAGGGAGAGGAGAGUAUACGUUGCCUACCGAGACAAGAUAUGUUGGAGAGAUGAAGGACGGAACUUUCCAUGGAACGGGAGUGCUGUAUUUUCCGAAUGGAAGCAAAUACGAGGGAACAUGGGAAAAGGGAAUAUCAAAGCAGUGCAUGUGUUGGCUACAGGGGAAAUACACGUUCGCUGAUGGACUGGAGUACCAGGAGAGUGACUGGGAGUACUGUAACGGCCAUGACAGAAGGUUCUACACAGAAAUAUGUAAUGGACUGAAACCAGCAGGCGAGUCCCAACUGACCAACCUGGACCCCCCACGAGCCAUCCCUGAAGGCUGCUACGAUUGUGGAGACGGUUUCUACGACCCACAGCGCCGAGUCAUCACUGACUACCAGCAUAGUUUCCUCAGGAACGCAGAUGACGGGGAGCAUGAGUGGAUCGUGCGCACCUGUCGGAAGGGCUGGGACGAGGUCGUAGGACCUGCAUCCAGGAGUUAAACACCUGGGGGAUCAGUGAACGUAUGAUGACACGGUACUGCAUCAGUCUUCUCGGCAUACAAACAGACAGUGUGCUUUUCAAUGGCAUUUGGCUUCACCGGCUGCGUUCUACAGUAAAGGUUUGCUCUUGCUGUAAUAAAAGUCCCGAGGGUGAAUGGGAAUGUUUUGAUGAGAGGUUAAACACAAAAUUGAACAUUCCUGAAACUUUCUCAUAGUGUGGAACUAAAUGUGGUCCGACGAAGACAACGUACAGUACACGAUACAACCUCCUCGGAUUGUGUUAAAUGUAGAUUAUUUUUUAGACAUGGACUUCACUCUGAAUGGCAGGAAGGCAUGAAGUGUUUACAGUAUACAGUUAGGUAAAUCUUCCAGCCAUCUGCCUCAGCCGGUAUCAGAUGCGGCUUUAUCUGAUGCGGCAAUGUAGGCAGAAAACACUUUGUGACAGAACGGUUGGCAUCACAGUUGAGAAACUCAAAUUUAAUCUAGUUCAGCGAUUUGAAAAUUAAACAAACAGGACAGACUAAACAAAUGGCUAGCAGUGGUUUCAGGCAACAAACUAUUUAUAAAAAGUAUUAUAGUUGAUGUUAGUUAAAUAUAUACACUCAGUGAGCAAUUUAUUAGGUAGGCCUGUACACCAGCUUGUUAGCAAGUAUUUAAUCAGCCAAUCAUGUGUCGGCAACUAAAUUCAUAAAAGCAUACGGACGUGGUCAAGAGGUUCAGCUGUUUUUCAGACCAAAUGUCAGAAUGGGGAUGAACUUUGAUCUAAGUGACUUUGACCGUGGAAUGAUUGUUGGUGGCAGACAGGGUGGUUUGAGUAUCUCAGAAACUGCUGAUCUCCUGUGAAUUUCACGCACAACAGUCUCUAGCACAACAGCCUCUAGAGUUUGCAGAGAAUGAUGCGAAAAACAAAAAAAGAUCCAUUGAGCAGCAGUUCUGCAGGCAAAAACACUUUGUUAAUGAGAGAGGUCAGAGGAGAAGGGCCAGACUGGUCGAAGGGGACAGUAACGCAAAUAACAACACAUUACAACAGUGGUAUGUAGAAGAGCAUCUCUGAACACACAACGCGUCAAACUUCCAAGUGGAUAGGCUACAGUAGCUGAAGACCAAUACGUAUAAAAAAUAAGUGUAAUAAAUACCUAAUAAAGUGCUCUCUGAGUGUG